UGCCAUUUUUGAACCUCCAUCACUGUGUAGUCCAUUUAGGCUUCUAGACCAGAAGAGAAGUGGCUCCAAAUAUAUAAUAUCAUUUUGGUCCCAUCAUUUUCUAUAUAAUUAAGCUCCUCCAGCAGCAACCUCCAACACUUGCAGCCAAAAAACACAAACUGAAAUUCCUCACCUCUUUCUCCCCCCUUGUUUGGUUGCCGAGAAAGUGUAGCAGGUCAAGGAAAAGAAAAGAAAAACCAAAACCCAUCAAACUUACGAUCUGAAUUUGAAUUCUCGUGCAUGAAAAAUGGGAAACGCAUUCGCCUGCCUGUCAUCUCAUCAGAAAGCGGUUUCAAAGAAGCGCUCCAAGCGAGCACCAAGGCCUGCUGGACCACUCCCCACCUCCCUCAGCCAAAGAAGGAAUGCAACAGUGUCACCUUCGCCGUCGAGGAGGAAGAACGAUAACAGACUGGACGACGACGCUUUGAUUCGACAGCAAGCGGUGGCUGCAGCUAUCCUCUUUCGCCAACACCAGAGGAGCAGUUCCAUGACAUUUGACCGAUCAAACUCGGUCGUAUAUCCAAUUCCAGCCCCAUCUUGGAACAAACACAGCAACUUGCCCCGCAGUGCAAGUACUAGAACUGGGUCUUUCUCAGACUCCCCUCUUAAACCCCAUCAGCUCCUCACAAAGGAUCUGAAGUUAGAUGAGUUGGAGACCAAACAUUUUGUCCUUGUCCAUGGAGGUGGUUUUGGAGCUUGGUGUUGGUACAAAACCAUAGCACUUCUAGAAGAAGCUGGAUUUGAAGUUGAUACAGUAGACUUAAUGGGCUCUGGAAUUCACUCAUCUGAUACCAACAGCAUCACCAGCCUAGCACUAUACGUCAAGCCCCUCACUGAUUUCCUUGGAAAACUUGCAGAUGGAAGGAAGGUGAUUUUAGUGGGGCAUGACUUUGGUGGUGCUUGCAUCUCAUAUGCCAUGGAGCUGUUUCCUUCUAAAGUUGCGAAGGCUAUUUUCAUUGCUGCAGCAAUGCUGACUAAUGGACAGAGCACCCUUGAUAUGUUUACCCAACAGACCGGCAUGAACGAUCUGAUGCGCAAAGCUCAAAUAUUUCUUUAUGCCAAUGGGAAGGAUCAACCCCCGACUGCCAUUGACCUAGACAAAACAUUGUUGAAAGACUUGCUGUUCAAUCAAUGUACUGCUAAGGAUGUUGCAUUGGCAUCAGUAUCAAUGAGGCCAAUCCCCAUUGCACCUGUUUGGGAGAAGCUGUCUCUUUCUGAUGCCAAGUACGGCUCUGUCCAGAGAUUUUAUAUAAAAACUCAAGAAGAUUGCGCCUUACCCAGUCUUCUGCAAGAGAUCAUAAUAAGCUCGAAUCCCCCAGAACAGGUUUUCCAGCUUAAAGGCUCUGAUCAUUCGCCCUUCUUCUCGAAGCCUCAGUCCCUUCACAGGCUCUUAGUGGAGAUAUCAAAGAUUCCACCAAAGCGAGUAUGAAGUUCCUGUGCAUUCAGGCGACGGUAACAUAGGCUUUACACAUAGCAAGCAGCAACGGUUUGGAAGAGCAAGUAACAACCCGAAUGGUUCGUUCAUGAUCAUAUGCACUCACAUAUCGUUCCCCACCAGUCCACAAACAUAUCUGUAUCUAUAUUUUUGUAGUCAAAAUGUUUCAUCUGUAUAGAUACUUUAUUGUGUUUUUCUCACAGAAAAAAGGUAUCAAUCAAAUUAGUUUAUUGUGUUUUUCUCACA